UCUGUGAUUCGGAUAGAGACUCUCUGCGCCAAACAAGGCAGGAAGGAGACUGACUCCUCUGCAGGGAGACGCUGUGCUUUUAGCUAGAAACACCUGGGCCCUUCUCCUUCUCUCUACGCAGCUUCUGAGCGUCAGUGAGGUGCUGUCCCCAGGAGCAAGCAGAGGGGCUGCAAGAUGGAAGGGGCUACAACAAGGAAAAGGGAUUACUUCGAUGGUGACGGGAAGGAGAUGGUGCCCGGAGCCAGUCACGUGACAGCUGUUCUCUGCCAUGCCCCAGAGCACGGGAACCUAGGCAUCUCCGAUGAGGACCCCCUGAGGCAGACACCCACGUUGGGACUCUUUGAGACAGCCCAUCACCCAGUGCCGGAUCAGACUCUGCCAGGCCUUGAGCAGAGCCCUCUAAUGCAGACUCAUGUCCUCAGUGACCUGGAGAUGGGCCCUGUAGUGCAGACCCAAACCCUGCGAGAUUUUGAGAAGCACCUCAAUGACCUGAAGAAGGAGAACUUCAGCCUCAAGCUGCGCAUCUAUUUCCUGGAGGAGCGCAUGCAGCAGAAGUAUGAGGCCAGCCGGGAGGACGUCUACAAGCGGAACAUCGAGCUAAAGGUGGAAGUGGAGAGUCUGAAGCGAGAGCUCCAGGAGAAGCAGCAGACCCUAGAUAAGGCUUGGGCAGCUGCGGAGAACCUGACCAGUCGCAAUGAAGCAGAGCUCCGGCGCCGGUACGAGGAGCGGCAGCAGGAGACGGAGCACGUGUCGGAGCUCCUGGAGAACAAGAUCCAGCUCCUGCAGGAGGAGGCCAGAUUAGCAAAGAGCGAGGCGGAGAGGUCGGCAGCCCUGGCGGAGGCUGAGAAGGGACGCUGCUUGGAGCUAACCAAAAAGCUGAAGGAGCUCACCAAGGAGGAGGAGAAGAGAGGAGCCCAGGUUCUGCAUGAUGAUCACUGUGCUGCACUGGCCCAGAAGGACAAGUAG